AUGGAGUUCGAUGAUACCGAAGGACCUUGUGUUUUACACGCCACAUCAUCCUCACAACCAUAUGCGCCCUCAAAACGUGCAAGUCUACCUAACAGUCAGACUGUCCACGAAUUUGGCCACGGUCACAUAGCGGCUCCUUGCACGUGCUGUAGUUCCGACAACCCAUGCAUAGCUCAGGAACAACUUGUGACCACCGUGGAUAGCGGGUCAGAUAUCGAUGAGGUCUGUCUGUAUUAUGCGAACCGUGGCAGAUGGCAGACAGACUCGCUCUUCGAUGAUGAAGCUUAUGUGAUGCUGGCGAACAACGAGCUGGUCGAGCUCGCAGGAUACGAUGAGACACUGCUGGGCAUCCGAGGGGGCUGCAUGCAGGAACGAUUUUACUACCCCGAUGGCCCUUUAUGCGACGUGAUGCUAGGCAAUCCCACCAUCGCUACAGUCGAUUGCUUCAACGAAUUCAAGGAAUCCCAUGUGGAUUCCUUCCACAUGAUACAGUGGGUUGAGAAGAUUGACUCCAUCGAGCAGGAAACCAAACAGAUCUUGGCUGGUAGCUCCGGUCCUCCUUUAGCCAGAGGUCCAACAAGCGGUCCAAGGAAGACGAGCUGGAGGUCUCGCUUCGGCAAAGAGUUCAGGGAGGAGACUAGCUCAGUUGAUAAGCGCGGCAAGUCCAUUUUUGUCUGA